CUAUGUGUACCGUUUAAGCUCAAACUAAUGACAGGUUUUUGUUUUCUAGAAUGCUAUUAUUGUAAUGUUUACUAAUUGUUGUAAAUAAAAAUAAACUCCUGAAUUUGUAUCCGUGAAAGUUUGUCUGCAAUUUUUUUGUUUUGUAAAUUUUUUUUUGCGUAAUUAUUUUAUGUCCUGAAGUCGCAACUGCUCGUAGGCGCGGUGUGAAGGUUGUCUCCGUGAGGUAGUGACAGCUGUCCAUGGGAUUGAUUGAAGAUGAGCUCGAAGAAGUCAGAAAACUCUGUCAGCGCGUUGUCGAGGGCAGCAAGCUGGUCUCCUGUGUGCGGACCAUGGUCAGAGUCGAAAUAAGACGCACCGGAUUCAAGCACAUCGUAGCGUGCAUUCAGUUCCCGGAGGACUACCCCCAGUACCCGUUGCUGCUGGAGCUGAAGAGCAAGACUCUGUCCGACAAGCUGCUGGAAGGCCUGACGCAGGUGUGCGAGCAGGAAGCCAAGAGGUUCAGCGGGAAACCUCAGGUCCUCGCGGUGCUGAAGUUCAUCCGCAGCUUCCUGGACGAGAACCCGUUGUCGUGCUGCUACGAUGAAAUAGCCAACAUCAAGAACACCCUUACUGAUGGCGACGAGCUGAAACUCAAGCAGAAGAGCUCGUCCAUAGUCCUGAGGAUCACACAGGAAGAUUACUACUUCAAGGCUAGGGUGUUUGUGCCUGAAGACUACCCAAUUCAAGCAGUGAGCGUGGAGGAAGCGGAGACGAACUUCCCGCCCUUGCUGCGGCGCUUCUUCGUGGGCCACGCCAAGGAGAUAGCGCGCCAGUGCGUGGAGCCGCCCCUCAGGAAGCAGCCGGCCUCGAAGGGGGCGUUCCGGCCCCGGGCGUCGCUGCAGCCGGUGGCCGGCUUCCUGGUGUCGGCCGUGAAGCAGCUGCCGCGCGAGAAGUGCCAGCUGUGCGAGGGCCAGUGCCUGCCGCGGGACCCUCAGGAUGUGGAACCUGACGAGUCGGCUGAUAUGCACGUGGAGAGGGUCUACUGCAGCCAUCUGUUCCACCUGCAUUGCCUUAUCACCUACAUGAAGACGCCUCCGUUUCAAGGCGGGAAGAAGUGCCCCGCGUGCGGACAGAGGAUCUACCACGACAAGUGGCGGCUGAGCGAGCGGCUGGCCGAAGACCGCUGGGCGCACCAGGAGGCGAGGAACCGUGAGCUGCAGGAGGUCGAAGAGUUCUUCCACUGAUCCGCGGUGCCGUACUUACCAUCGGGCGACCCGCCCUGAUCCCGGGAAAACAUUCAUUCGUGCAGAUUGAUUGGGAAGCACGAAUCUUGGCUUGAUGCUCAGCUUCUCGCACUGGAAGCGUAUGACAUAGCUAAAAUAACAAUGAAAAAUAUUACAUGAGUGUGCAUGUAUUUUUUUGUCAGGUAUAUUUGGGUGUAAAUAACAUGGGUAUGCCUUGAAGGUAAGCAGUGCGAGAUUAUAAAGGAAAGGGUUUCUGCCGACAAUGCAGCUAGAAGAUCAGCAAAAAAGAAAACUUACAUCUGUAAUUAGAAAGUUGGAAUAUUUUGCUUUAAUGAUUCGGUUAUCAUCGACCAGAUGUAUUAAACGGCAGUGAAGAAUGAAGGACUAAAUGUUGGUUGGAAGAAUAAGUGACCAAGUCAAAAUACGUAUCUGUUCUUGAUUCAUAUUAAAACAUUAUUAAAAUUUUGUGUCUCUCAGUUUGUUGGAAAUGCAGUCUAAAAUUCAUAUCUUGAAUGUGGUAAAAUUCUAAAAAAAUAUUUUUGCUAAUAUUGUAAUUGUAAAUAGCAUUCCUCAGAAGUUGAAAAGUAAUAUAAGUAUGGUAAUGCUUUGCAUGUCCAGUCAUGAUAACUAGUGUUAAAAAGGAAGAAAUACAGUAUGCAGUUAAUCAUUCAUACAAAUUUUAUGCACAAAGGUAGAGUUAGAACAGAAAUAAAAAAAUAUUACUUUGAA